CCAGCCGAAAAACAAACAGCUGUGGAUUACAAUGUAAACUAGGCAGGCAGCCAUCAAGGCACUUGGUAACUCUCUGACUGAAUGUUAGAGGGGCUGAAAGAUUGACUUUAGCGACUUAGCGUGGUACUAAACCUGGUAUGAUUUUUGGUGCCAGGGGCUGCUAUUCCACUCUCAAAAACAACUGCCCACCUAAGAUUUUCCUGCGCAAGUGUCUAGGAUUCACAGAGACUGAUGCCACAAACAAAACAUCCGGUCAUCAGCAGUUCUGUGGGCGAAAACAUAUUGUUGACAGAGAUCCAAGGACAACAGGAAGUAUCUGUGCCAGUUAACAGAUGAGCCACAAACAGGCAAAAGUAAUAAUAACCAGUGUGGAGAACCGCAGUGGUGUGUGGAACAGCAUCUCAGAACACACAACUCGUCUGUCCAGUGUGGAGAACCACAGUGGUAUGUGGAACAGCAUCUCAGAACACACAACUCGUCUGUCCAGUGUGCAGAACCACAGUGGUGUGUGGAACAGCAUAUCAGAACACACAACUCGUCUGUCCAGUGUGCAGAAUAGCAGUGUUGAACAGAGACAACUUGCCCACCAAGGUCCAAGUCCUCAUGAAGAUUGUGACUAAAAUUAGAAAGGACUUUGCUUGCCAUACCCCCAACUACCUGAGGAGCAGCCAAUCAGAACAACCCAGGAUCAGAAGCAUGGGACAGGCAGGAUAUAUAAAACACCACAGAGUGUAUUCAGCAGCAUGAAAGUGCAGCGAUGGUUCCUUAACAUUGAGAAGACCAAAGACAGCAGCCAAGAUAAAAAGAUGAAGCCAACACUGGCAUUCCUGCUAUUGCUUGGGACAGUGUUGUUCCAUGUGGGGACCAGUUUCACAUUUGGGGGUGACCGGGCUCAGUACGUCACCUGGGAUGAGAUGAAUCUGAUUGCACACGGUCUACUUCAGCUGGGCCAGGGCCUCAGAGAACAUGCAGAAAAAGCCAAGAGCCAGAUGAGCGACGUCUCGGCUAAGCUGAACGCCUUCAACAACACCAUUACGAACCUGGUCAGGCGGAUUGGGAACCUGCAGAAGGGUGAGGACGCGCUGAAGACCAGGACUCAGGAGAUGGUGGAGAGGGAGAAUUGGGUGGUAAACAUGUCUGCCGAGGUGCAGGCAAGAACCCAGGAGCUGAUAGCGGAGCAUCAGAGGAUCCACAGCAGAAUGGACCAGCUGGAGGAGAGAGUGAAUGGAAUGCUGCAGGGACGGGAGGAGAGAGUGAACGGAAUGUUGCAGGGACGGGAGGAGAGAGUGAACGGAAUGUUAAAGGGACGGGAGGAGAGAGGGAACGGAAUGUUGCAGGGACGGGAGAUGGAAAGAGUGAACGGAAUGUUGCAGGGACGGGAGGAAAGAGUGAACGGAAUGUUGCAGGGACGGGAGAUGGAAAGAGUGAACGGAAUGUUGCAGGGACGGGAGGAGAGAGUGAACGGAAUGUUGCAGGGACCGGAGGAGAGAAUGAACGGAAUGUUGCAGGUACCGGAGAUGGAGCCGAACAAUUGCAGUAACGAUCACCGUGGUAACAUCUUCAUCCAGUGUAUACUGGAGAUGCAGAAUAAACAGAUAGCUGCCAUGGUGAAGAGAAUAAGUGAACAGCAAGAGGAACUGCAGACACAAAGCCUACAUCUACAGGCCCUCCAGAGUGAGGUUAAAGAGAGUAGCCUGAAGUUAAUCGUCAGGCAGAGACAUCAGGAAAUUGCACUCAAGGACGACACUAAAGUAGAUGCUUUUGUAAUUGAGUCAGCCCAGGACUGCCACGAGUGGUUUCUGAAGGGGAAGACACAGAGUGGAGUGUAUACGAUCCAGCCUCUCCACAUUCAGCCCUUUGACGUCUUCUGUGAAAUGACUGUGGAUACUGGAUGGACGGUUAUCCAGAGACGGCAAGAUGGAUCCCAGAAUUUCGACCAAUCAUGGGAGGCCUACAAAAACGGCUUUGGCAGCCUUUCCGGUGAGUUCUGGCUGGGACUGGAGAACAUCCACACUCUAACCAAACAGGAAGAGUACACGCUGGCGCUGGAGCUGUCUGACUGGACGGGAGAGACUCAGUCCGUGCAAUACCCAUUCCGAUUGGGUGCAGAAGAGAGUAACUACACCUUGUACAUGCCCGUGAGUUCACCUGCUGGCCUAGAAAGUGGCCUCACCACCGCGCCCUUCUCCACGACUGACAGAGACAAUGAUCUGAGCGACAACGUCAACUGUGCCAAGCAACUCUCAGGUGGCUGGUGGUUCAGCAACUGUGGCCAAUCCAACCUUAAUGGCAGGUACGCUAGAAAGACCCACCUACUGCAAAGGCGACAUUCAAGAAGGCAGUUGAUAUUUUGGAAGACCAACCAUGCUCUGAGGACUACCAUGCUGAAGGUCGCCCCUGCAGCAAUUAAGUCCUAGGUGGUUCAGUAUUGUAAGAACAGUGUAUAUAAAAGUUUGUUGUACAAGCAAUAUUGAGCUGGUACCCUUAAGCUAACUUAAUUAGCCAAACCCAAUAACAUGUUAGCAAAUUAUCAUGAAUAGUGUUACUCAUGGUAACCAACCAAAACCUCCGGGUAGCAAUCCAGCAUGAAGAGCCCAUCUCACGAUAACCAACCAAAACCUCCGGGUAGCAAUCCAGCAUGAAGAUCCCAUCUCACGAUAACCAACCAAAACCUCCGGGUAGCAAUCCAGCAUGAAGAUCCCAUCUCACGAUAACCAACCAAAACCUCCGGGUAGCAAUCCAGCAUGAAGAGCCCAUCUCACGAUAACCAACCAAAACCUCCGGGUAGCAAUCCAGCAUGAAGAUCCCAUCUCACGAUAACCAACCAAAACCUCCGGGUAGCAAUCCAGCAUGAAGAGCCCAUCUCACGAUAACCAACCAAAACCUCCGGGUAGCAAUCCAGCAUGAAGAUCCCAUCUCACGAUAACCAACCAAAACCUCCGGGUAGCAAUCCAGCAUGAAGAUUCCUUUUAGGCAGGACUCAUGUCAUUUUCCACUGUCUCAGUGGGUACUAUAUCAGUCACAGUGACUGAUGCACUGCAGUCCUCAAGCCCUUUCAAAGGGUCCAACUGGUGUGCCUUUUUAAAAAUAUCUUAUCAGACUUUUAUUUCUAAACUAACUGUAAUAUACUGUAAACAGGUACAUUUUCUAAAUGUUUUGAAUGUAACUACAUCAAACUAAAUACCUAAUAAAAAAAAAAAAG